CCCACAUCAAGAUGGGACAUCAGGUUGGGAAUAUUAUCUGCCAUUGUUUUGUAUGGUAACGUAAAAACGAACCUAAAUUUACCAAUGGUGAUGAGCUCCGAACGCAGAUAAGAUUAGUCGCUAUCAUUUAUUAUUGAAGCAAUGUUGGAGAAAUUAACUGAAUGUUCCAUCGGCAGCUGCUAUGAAACGACAUAAAAUGAGUACUACUUACAAAAGUGGUUUGGAUUUUCUUAGAUCUUACUCUGGAGCAUUGAAACUGCUGGAAGUGGUGCUUCAUUUGGUUUUAUUAGUAUCGGCGAUAAGUUUGGGAGCAUCAAUCCAGGCACAGUUCUUCUGUGGAAUCUCUAUAUACGGAUUUGUCAGCUCAUUAGUUCUACUAUGUCUUCACGUACGAGGCAUUAUAAAAAAUUCAGAGUUUCCUUGGUUUUGGGUCGAAUGCGUUAAUAGCGCUCUUAUGGCUCUUCUGCUAUUGACCAGCUCUUCCUUUGUCGUAGCAGUACUUACUAAAGGAUAUAUUCUAACAGGGAUCUUAGGGUUCAUUGCAGUAAUGGUUUAUACUUUGGACGCCAUAGACAAAUUCUUUCUCGCAAGAACACCGAGAGCUAGAAUAGUUUGGACAACACCAAAUAUGCCGGUUUGAUAGAUACCUUACAGGUUGCUUAAGAUUUAAGGUUUUCUAAAUGUUCAGGUGCUUGUGGAGUUCUAAAUUUCAUUCACAGUGAAAGGUACUUAAGUGUGCAAAAAAUGAUUAGGUAUCUCGCUGACAAAGAAUACCUACCGGUGGCAUUUAAACAGAGAAGUUAUCUGUGUGUUCAAAUUUGUACAACAUAAGCAAAAAGUAGAAAACUAAGCUAUUCACUAUUCUAGAAAUAUUAUAUAUUUUUUACGAUUUUAGUUGAUGAUUAUCUCACCUUUUGUUGAACAUUUCUUUGGUAAAUUGAACUUCUUUGAUACCAACCGGAUGAAAAUGUGUGUAAAGUUCAAGAAAUAUAUCGAGUUUUAAGUAUAUUUCGAUAAACGUGAGAUCAGUUUUUAUUUUUAUUGAUUAUAGUAGUUGUGUGUUGUUUUUAAUAAACUAUAUUGUAUUUUGUCUCGAA